CUUGUUUAGAAUUUUAAAAAUGAGAUUACUAAUGGAAGCUAAAUAUGAUAUGAUGGAUGUGGACAUACAUUCAUCCUGCUGGUAUGGUUGCAGCGGCAAGGAAUCAGCCGCAGAGGAGCUUACGAAUUGUUGCAUUUGGAGGCCGUUGCUGUGAAAUCCUUCGUCAAAUUAUCACCAUUACCGGUCUCUAAUCUUGCAUUUCGAAGUUUUCUAUUAUGCAGAAAAAUCCGCUCGUAACCUCAUCACUUUUUUGCAAUUUUUUACGUGUAUUAAGGUGGAGAGUGUUGCAUUUUUAUAGAGUGCGUUGCUUAAUUUGAAUAUGCUCGUCUUGAGAUACAGCUUGCUCUAAAUCGGUGUGCUUCUGCGUUGGUGAAUAGCUGUUUUUGCGAUUAUUUCUUUUGAUCUUCCAACCCUGAAAUUGGUGUGUACAUGGACAUGAAGUUGAAGUUGUUUUGUCGAGGUUAAGGGUCGGAGGAAAGCUUGGAGCAGAACUGGAGCAAUAUUGCUGAUCCUUGCUUGCAUUGGCGAUCAUGAUGCUGCAUGGUAUGUGUUCGGCGGUAGCUUAUGGCUUUGCUGAAAAAUUUCGAGAUGUUCAAGCUUUUCUAGAUGUGUGUGAGAAAUCUUGGGUUCGAGGCCACAGUGGCAGCGGCGUUGCAUUUACUGGAGUUGAUUCCAUGUCUGAAUUUAGAUGUUUACGAGUGCGAAAAAAGUCGGAAAGUCUCAGAAUUAAUUCAUCUCCUUCCAAUUCUUCCCACUCUACUGGUGGUGAUAUUCCAGUUGCAAUACUUUGUCUCUGGGGACGGAAACAUGACUCUCGGCAGAACACUUUAGGAAGUUUGGCUGGCGUCAAGAAGCAACGUGGUGAUGAGAAGGUGGAAAUUACGCUAAACCUUGAAGUAUUGAAGCAUCAGGCUGGGAAGACAGUUGUGAACACCAAGAGAGCUCUAGUGUCAUCAGCUCGUAUGGCAAGACAGGUUGGUGUGACCUUUAUGGAAGAGGGAAAUCAGGCAUGGAAUGAACUUCGUACCAGUGUGACGGUUCAGAAUGAUAACUGCGUGGUUAUAGCUGUGAAGCGGUCGACUAUUGAGUUCACUGGCCGUACACUUUUAUGGACUAUUAUGAUAGUUGUAUUUGCUCGUCUUUUUCUCACAUUGGCAAGGCAGUUCAAAUGGCACCGAGAUGAAGGCUUUAACUGGCCCAGAACAGUCAGAGAUCGGAGCUUGGGAGAAAAAGAGGUUGUCGUGAAUAAAGAACGUCAGCUUUUCCAGAAGGCUCAACGCCGGACAUCUCAAGGAUUCAGUCAUGUGGAUUUUGUGAAGGUUCCUUGUUUAGAGAAGGAACCUUCUAGCUCGGGGGUCGGUGCCGAAGUUCCAACGUUCAGAACAAAAAGAGAAUCACAAAUACCUCCUUGGUGGCCUGAUCCGGAGCCAGCACCUACAUUGCCGACUGAGAAAUAUGCACAGGCGCAAGGAGAGACAAAUUCUGUUUUGAAUGAUAUGCUGGAGAAGAAAAUGAAUGGAGUAGACUUUGAGCUUGGUAACAUAAUCAAGCUACGGGAACUUUGUCGUGAUUUUGGAACACAAAUCAGCCUUGAUACAGCGAGAAUACGUGAUGUAUUUUAUGGGACAGCUAUUGCGCUUGUCCACGAUGCAUGCAUGAGGAAUAGUGAGCUCCCGAGCGAGGGCGUGGAUAAGUUUGUUGCUGGACUAGCUGGCAAUAUUGGUUUGGCAGCAGAGGAGGCGGCCAUCAUUGUUAUUUCUUCUGUUGCUGCUCAAACUCGAGCAAGUUUCUUACAGACGUGGGAUCUUUUUAGGCGCGGCGAGAUAGUUGCAUUACACAAGGAGCUUGAAGGAUUGGUUCGAGUUCAUUCCUGCACCUGCCCUCCCGAGAAUUGUCCAGAGAUGGAGAUUGCUGCUAGAGAUCUUGCACACUUAUCACUUGAAGAUCGACGUUCACUGCUAGAUAUGUAUAUCUUCGCUGGGGGCAGGAACACUGACUGGAUUGCUAAAGAAGGAUUGAACCUUGUUAAGCAUACCUGAAAUUGUUAAAAGUUAUUGGUCUGCACCGGCAUAACAGAUGACUUCACUGCAGCCUACGCAAUCUCUCGGAACAUGAAAAUCAAGCAAAAACCUUCUCGAUACGGUGCUCGUGAAGUGCAAUUGUGGUACCCCAUUUCCUGUGCUUGACAGGACCAGCAUUGAAGUGGGUUGUGGCACGUUAAUCAGCGGAUUUCAUUGUUGUCUACCGGACAUUUUUGGCUUCAUGCUAUUUCCCUAAUUCAAAAUUUAUCUACUUCCAAAUC